UAAAGAUCUCAAGAAAUUAACUUUAGAGCAAAAAAAGAAAACAUCACAACUUUCUUCAUAAAGGGAUUUCUUUUUUUGAUCUUUCAUCAUUCUGUUUGAUUGUUCAUGCAGGCUAUUUGGUUUUGGAAUUGGAAUUCAUUUAUUGCAAUCAGAAAACCCAGAAAAGAUGCCAAAGAAAAGUGAAAUUAAUCCCAAGGACAAUCAUAUCUCGUUUCAGUGUGGGAGCAUGGCAGCAGUGGAGAAGAAGCUGAAAGACCUGGGAAUUCAGCAUGUGCGAGCAUUAGUAGAGGAAGGUGGGAUUCAGGUUGAACAGUUGUUCUUUCAUGACCCUGAUGGAUUCAUGAUCGAGAUUUGCAACUGUGAUAAUCUCCCGGUGAUCCCUCUGGCCGGCGACGUCGCACGAUCAUGCUCUUGCUUGAACCUUCAAACGAUGCAGCAGGAGAGGCCAAUGCUCCCGCAGGAGAGAGCAAUUUAGGUGCACUAUGGUCGAUAAAAUUCUAUGAAUCUUGUUGGUGUAUGAAGCCAGUGGUCCAGCAGGGGAGAACACAAGUUGGUUGGUUGGUGCAAUAUGGUCAAUAGAAUUAUAUGCAGCUUCUGGGUCUCUGGUCUCUGUUGAGUGCAUUUUUUAUAUUCCUAUUCGGUGGUUGGUUCUUGUACUGUUAAUAAAAACAAAGCAAAUGAGAUCCUAUGUGGAGAUGAUCAUCUUGUUUCAUUCUGUUUAUUUAUUUGAUGAAGAGGAAUCUAUUGAAAGUUUUUCUAUUUUGUGGAAA